CUCCUGUAAAAAAAAAAAAAAAGAAGAAGUCAUAAUUGGAACUUGUUCUGUUUUUGGCUCCACUCUAUUUUAGGGCCGUAGUUAACAGGCUUAGCUACAUCAUUAUUGUAUCAGAACAGAAACAAAACAUGUUGAACAAAGAAACAAUGUUACAUUUUUUUUUACGGGCUGUCUGAAAGUGAAAAUAAGGUCUUCGAUUUCCAUGAAGAAGAAAAAGAAAGUCUGAAGUUAAUUUGGACAGUUUGCCAUCUGUGUGAGUGGGAGUUUCACACUUAAGUCAGUUCUGUAAAUCCCUUAACUAAUAAUUGGGCUGAGAAAGCAGUUGGUUGGUUUGGUGCCUUUUGUCACUGUGACAGAAAUGGGCAUAGUGUCACUGUUGACCACACUAUUCUUUCACUGUUAGGACUUGUCUAUUAAUACAAUAUCACUUGUUUGCUAAAGGUCGUUUCUUUUUCAGUUUUGUAUGUUUUCAUUUCUGUGAUUGUUCUAAUGUUUUGAAAUCAUACGAACUGCAGAUAAUUUACAAAAAUGUGUCAAUUUAAGAUCGUUUUCAAACAUUUUAACAGGAUACUGACACACUUUUUUUUAAACAGAAGAUUACGCCGCAUCGAAUCUCUAAUAAAAUGUUGAAAUUAGUUAUUGAUGAAACGUCCUGACUCCCAUUUCUCAGCCUUUCCAGUAAACCCCCUCAAGCCUGUAACACAAACUGUCCAAGAUGCCUGGGUGAGUAGGUUAUCCUGUAGGCCUACAUAGAAAGGCCCAAUUUUACAAAAUGUACACUUGUGAUGUUAUGAGUGACUCCACUUAAAAGGAAGACUUCACAGGGAAGGUGUCUGGGGUCACAAGCAGUUGAUUUUAAACCACUGUGUGUUUGUUAAUUGGGUUGAUGCAGGCAAAAUACAGGGUUUUGUCCAUUAGGUGCCAAACUGAACAAAGAGGACUAGAACAUAGAGAGACUGCCUGGACUUGUCCACAGCAACCUUUGGUUUGCUAGACGUUCACGUUAUAUGGCCGACCAACCACACUACUUUCAUUUUUGGCUUAAGUAACCUUGGGUGUUUAAGUAAUCCUACCAAACGUGACAUGUCAUACUGAUAUGAACAUCCUGGAUUUUCGUUUACUAUGUUACGCCUAGUCAGACCUGGAUGUCCAAUAAGAAACACUUAUUGUUUUAAAAAGUUUCUUAUUGCGUUCCCUAAUGAACAUGGUCACACUCCAUUUCUCAGUCUCUCACUUUCUCACCAUGUCUACAAUUUGUAUGGUUCUCUGUGCGCUCAUGCUUGAGGCUGAGGUGUUUUAUAUCAUGAUUAUAACACUGACUAAAGUUGGCCUCACAUGAAAGUCACCCUGUCAUGGGAGCUGUCCAUUAACAGUUCCACUUCAAUCUGCUAUAUUGUCCUUUUUUGCCUUUUGGAGUGUGGUAGAUAUCAUUUUGUGAACCAUGCGUACCUUUGCUCUAGAAUAAAAAGAGGUCCAUUCUGCAUGGAUAGAAUCUAGAGUCUUUUUAUAAUAGGGGCACUGAAUAUCUUGUUUACUGAUGAAACGGUUCUCUGAUCUAUUUGCUAUUUUACCAUUUCCACUAUGUGUAGAAUACAUCCAGAUUGUUGGCCUAGGGGCGAUGACAUCUUACAACAAAUAUUUUAUUUUGAAGAAGUACAUUCCCUAAACAAAAGCUUGUUUUGUUUGAAAUAUGUAGCCUAGGCUUCUUUCAUCUGUGGAGUGUGUGGUUUUAAGUGUAUAUGAUUGGAUGAAUAAAGGAGAUAAGAGUGGGGGUACAGGAGCUAGGGCCUUGCUAUUGCUGCUGGGGGCAGAGGAUCGUUCAGCUCACAUGACUGGGCUGUGACUGAGUUGGGUCUUGUGUGGAUCUGUGAUCUGAGUAAGAGGGGAGAGGCUACUCAGUAUUCUCUUUGUGGCGAGACAUUCCCCGGGUCAUCCUCUCUUCCAGCUUCUCUGAUCCAGGAGGAAAGUCUCUGGGCCAGGAUUUGGAGACUCUAGCUAGCUACCUCUUCUGUACCUCAGACAUCAGGACCUGGAAUGAGAAGAGGAUUCCACACCAGUAUAUACAGAGUGGAUGUCGAAUGGAGAUUGGAGCCCAUAGAUCUGUAACUUUUGCGUCUGGAAACUAGUUGAAAAUGACCUGUUCACUGUUGACUCUCUUUAGAAUGGUUUCUGUCUGACUGAGAUAUUUUUAUUGAAACUAAUUUUGUCAGUGUGGAGGCAGGGUAUCAACAGAGUGAGAAUCGUAGGUGUUCCAACAGCUCUGUGAGUGCUUGACAAACUUUUUCUCUUUACUCCUGUGGAUAUUGUUUUGGAGUCAAACUCGGAGGGUGUGACCAAGGUUCCAGGUCCGAGCCCUCAUUCUACACCACUGGGUCACCUAUCCUCAGCAGCCACAACAGGGAACUGGGAGACAGAAAGGUGGAUAUAGUGUGUUGGACCAACUACACCGGUAGAGAGGACCUUUUUUUACCCCUUCUUACCUGUCCUGUACCUGGAUAGGACUUGGAAAACGAGAUGGGGGCUGCCUUCAAGAGGUUCUGUGCUCGGUUCUGUUGCUGCUGCUGCUGUAGCGAUGGUGAAAGUGAGGAGGAGAAGGAGCCUUUAAUCAGUCCUGACACUUUGGAGUACUUCGACCGCGAGGCAAAGAAGCGAAGGGAACAGGAACAGAACCUAUGGAGUGAGCCAGGCGACCCGAGCCACUCCGAGAGAGACGAUGACCGGAUCCUGUACAACCUCAUCCAGAACAGGAACCAGACCCGCAGGGGCUCGCUGGCGCACCGGCGUCUGAGUGUGGACAUUGAGGGUAUGAGAGAUCUGCGUCGGGAGGUCAGGGACAAGUGGAAGAUGAUCCUGGAGAAUUUAGGGUUCAUGGCGGAGGCGGAGUCUCUGCUGACGGUGUCUGCCAGUGCGUCGUAUGACCGUAUGAAGAACGCCUCGGCGUCACGCACACUACUGCACACGCUCCACUCUGAGACAUCUAUCUUCAACACCCGGGAGGCCCCACCUGAGAGAUACCUCUUCAUCCUGGAUCGUCUCAUAUACCUGGAUGCUGCUGAGGACUUCUUGGCGAAGGCUAGACGCUUCUACCCCAAGCGUGAUACUGAUGAUGAAGAUGAGGACAACCCAUUAGCCGUCAACCUGCCGUUGCUACUGGCCAGAGUGAACCGCACCAUGAACGGAGAAGGGAGCGAUGAUGAGGACGAGAGGCUGGAUGAGGAAUAUGGGAAUGGAAGAGAGGACAACUUCUAGACAGAACAGGAGCUGCAAUGACCUCAAACAGUAGACAGGGGGCAGAACUUAGUUUAUGUUGCAGAGUUGGGAGUAUGCAGUACUAGGAUGUCUGAUUCUGAAUGUACUCUUUUGAAAAUACUCUCCCAAUUUGCACUAACACUAGGGGCUCUAUUCAAUCUGUGUUGCUGAAGUGUUACAAAUUGUGCAAUAGAAAUGUGAAGGUCAUUUUUGAUUGAACAGACAUAUGCAGUGUUUACUGUGAAAGCAGUCUCUGCUAACACGGGAACAUUGCCUUUACAUUUCAAUCACUCUGUAACGCUGCACUUCCGCGAUUCAAAUUUAGUAGAGCCCGAGGUUUGAACAAAAAUAUACAGCUUUCCUUUCUCCUCAUCAGAACCGUGAUCCAAUUUGAUUCUGGUUUUCUUAUUUUUCUGUUUAGGCAUACUUAGCUGGGUCUCGGGUAUAUCAGGGAGAGUUUUGGAGGUUAUCACCCUGCCAUUUUUUUUUUAUCCAUCCAAACCGUGUUAGUUACCCAACUCCCUGGGCUGUUCAUUAUUGGUCUCCGCCAGGGAACACAGUGGACACAGUUAAACACAGCACUGAAACCCGUAGGGCACAGCUGUCCUGUUCCACAUCAGCACUUUGUCUCAUGAUUAUCAGCACUUGUUUUAUAUAGUCACAAGACAGUCUUUUAAAACCAGUAGUUGAGAUUACCUUGGAAUAAAUGUGUCGUAAACAAAUUGUCAUUUUUGAGUUGUCAAUUUCCUCACGGACCAUGCUUAUCAAGAGGUACUAGUGUGUUUUAGUUCAUGAAGUUUACAGAGAUGAGUUUAGUAACAAAAUGACUCAACUUUGAGUGAGUGUGUGGGUCUGUAUGAACAGCGGAGGUCACUUUAAGUACAUGUCAAGAUUGUGAGAGCGUUUGGGAUGUUUCCGUGAGUUGAAGGGGAUGCAGCAUGUGUCUUAUGUUCUAUUGUAAAGUUGAUAUGGAAAAUAAAGUCGCAACCUGAUACUGCAGACCAAGUUUUGUUUGUUUGUUUGGCAAGGUUAAUGUGUCCACGGGGAGCUCUAAACUCCCAGUCACAUGUCGGCAUUGUGUGGUCACAGCUCCAACACUGUGGCUCAGCCAUGCCUGCUGUGAGCCACGCCCCACACAGAUGGCCUC